UUCCCUUCAAAGAGACAGUUAUAAUUUUUCUCACUGAUGGCUGUGACACCUGCAAUGGCAAAUCCCAGGCUAACUUUCAUGCCAAAGCAUGGGCGAACACCAUCAAAGAUCAGGGGCAUCAAGUCAUCGUUCAUAGUGUGGGAUUUUCUCGAGAUCAUGACCUCCAGUUUUUGAAGAAGAUUGCACAUGCUGGCACAGCUGAAGGUAUCUACAGAUAUUGUGAGAACGAUGACGGCCCAGAAGCUCUGAAAGACAAACUGGAAGAACUGUUUGAUUAUGUUAAUCUAAGAGAUGGGCGCCCUGUUCACUUUGACAUUUCUAUGACUGAUGGCAGUACAAAGCUUGUGUCUAAUGGCUCAACCUCUGGUACCAUUGAGGGAGUCCUGAUGGCUACCAAGAGAGAAGAUGGAACUCAUGAAGAUAUGCAAGUGAAGGGAGAAUGCUGGCUCUAUGUGGCGGACUCAACUCUACUUCCUACUUUUCAAAUUGGAAUGCAAAUGGAGAUUAUUGAGAAAAGGAACAAGUUCAACUUGCAAAUUCCAUGCCUUGUGAACAGCGUGAAUCGUGUAGUCCUCAAAAGUGAAAGUGAACGGGCCUUGUGGAAUAUAGCCGUGCUCUCUCGGAACGCAGACAUAUUAGGUUCCCAGUUGUCUGAUGCUGUCACGGCCGGAGCAGAUGUCUCCAAACUGCAAAAACGCCUUGAUGUCCUGCAGAAAAAACUUGCAAAUGCGGAGGUGUUCAGACCAGGUUUUAAUAAGGCCACUCGAGAGGAGCUCAUUGAGUUAAUCAAAGAGAAUCAGAGUAAGAUGGACCGACUCCAUGACGUGAUGGCUCAAUGCCUGAGAGGAGAAGCCCAAAGCGUCUCUCUCCUUGCCAGGGCACAUGACCUCAGAUACGAGGCAAAGUUCAACAAGUCAAGGAGACAACGGCUCAUGAAUCGCAGAGUUGCUCAAAACUUCAACGUGGUCAAGUCCGACACCCAAACGGCAAAGGUUGCUUGUGAGGAAGACCUGGUCUCCUUGUCUCAGGAUGCCUUGGAGUUCUAUUUGUGUAUUUUGUCUCAGUGCUCUGUGAAGGAUAUUCUCCUGGACGGGACUGACCUCGGCAAUGCUAUUGGUAUUGGACUGGCAGUGUCAAGGCCUGAGCAUGUCAUCGACGAUCCAACCUCGAUUCGUGUUCACAGUAUCAGUGCUUCUCUUGUGUCCAGAUCAUCCAUUAUGGAUGCCCUUGAGUACAAAAUCAAUCUGGGAGGACAACUGUCAGCUCAUGGAGGAUUUUAUUUUGGAAGCCAGUCCUCAGAAUUUGGAUAUGCCACUGUGGGAGCUGGUAGAGAACCAAUCAACGCGUGGCUUCCUCUCUAUGUUCAUCCCGUACACUGGGAGAGAGUGAAGAGCUGCCUGCGGCCAAGCUUGGGCUACCUGUGUACAUUGGAUCCCUUGGCCUACUCGGAGUCACAGAUGGACGUCCUCUUCAUGGUGCUGGGGAACAUGAUCAGUCAGCUGUACAAACAUCACAUCGGAGAAAACCAGCUCAAGCUCAUAUUUGCCCUUCAGAGUACUUGCAAUGCUUGCAUGAAGGACUUUGGACUGUUGGACAAAAUCACAGAGAAGAUUGAGGCGUUUGUGUCAAGUCCAAUGGGAAGAUUCAAAGACAGCAUCCCAAACCUGUUCACUCUGAUAGGAUACCUGGUCUCUGUUCCUAUGGCUGAUGUCAAGAAGAUCCUUGGGAUUUCACCAGGUGCUGAUGCCAAGACAGCACUGUCGAAGCUUUGGGUCACACUUCUGUCAGAGGUGCUGAGACGUGGCAGCUUGGCCAACACAGAGUUCCAUGAGAGUGAGGCGCAUCAAAAUGGCCUUCUGAAGGCUCUACUCCACGGGAGACGGGCAGCAGCGGACACACAGCAAGCGAACACGGCUUCGUUAAGUAGCGAGCAUCUAGGCCAGCUGUGCUGGUCCUUGUCAAGCACCCCAGGGGCACAGUGGAGUGUAAACAUCCUGCAGUACAACCCAGCGGAGGACGUCCCACAGUCUGAAGCCACUAUCAAAUGUUCGAGCGCAGAGGAGAAAGCAAUUGAACUUUGGGCUCAGCACAAGUGUGGCGAGAUAAAGAACAAAAAUCGUUCUGACCAGGUGAAAGAGGCCAAGAAGACGGUGAAAGCAUGGAUCGAGAGGGUCAGAGAAAAAGUUGGAAAACCAAUGUUGUCGCCAGGAAAAGCUCAAGAAGUAACAGCUGACACCGCCACUGUGGACUCUCGUUUGAAAGAAAUUGCAACUCUGAAAGCCGCUGAUUUUGACACCACAGUUAUAAACUCAUCUAUACUCAAAGUCACCGCAAAGGUACUAACAAAGUUGAGCCAAAGCUGCUACCCUCCCUUAGCGGGUCUGCCUGGGUGUGUCGGAUUCCUGGAGUUCUGGAUCACCAGCAGCGAAGACGUCCAGGACAUGCAGUUGAAUGGUGGGAUGCCUCCGGCUCACUGGAUCUCGGGGGUCAAGGAUGCUGUGAGCAGAAUUUAUCAGAAGAUGGAUGAUUUCAAAAAAGCUUGUGCGGAUGCAGCCCGGGCUCAGGGAGAGGGUGCCUCAGGUCAGGCUGGUGAUGAAGAUGAUGAUGAUGAUGAAGAUUUCAGGAGCAGAGGCGAAGGUCCACUGGAACAAAAGGAGGAGAGUGAGGGUGAAGAAUAUUAUGAUGAGGUGGAUGCCGAUGCAGUUGCGAUUCGUCGGAGAAGACACCAAGGUGUUGUCACAAUUCCAAUGUUGCUGAGGGCUCUGAACCUCGAGGGUGAUGCAAUUGAGUUGGUGAGAGCUAUGUUGUGUCAAGCCGUGGACAACCCGCGAAGUAGCCAGGCCCGAACUUCCUUUGCCCAGGGAGAAUUCUUGGAUCUGUCAGUAGCAGGCAAUGCCAGGGCAAGUUUGCAGAAUGUGGAGAGUGUUCUGAUCCGACACAGGGAGGCAGCGAUUCUGAAGAUUCAAGACAGGCAGACUUGGGAAAUUGGAAAUAGGUGCAUGUUGAGAGCUGACUCAAUCUGGAGCUUCAUAGGCUACUUGAUGUUGACUUACAAAGAGAGAGGGGAGGGAUUCAGCUCCUUGAUUGAUCUCAUCCUGACAACCCCAGAUAUACGCAACUGUCCUCUGAUUGCUGAGAAGAUCUUGAUUCUGCUCAGUGGAAAGUACCAGGACCAUGUUGUUUUUGCCAAAGGAAAUGCCUGGGUGCCGGACAAAAAAAUGUCCAAACAGUUUGAGAGGGUCCUUGGUGAAGAGGAAUGGCUGAAUAUUGAAAGAGAACUUCUGUCGAAUGUCGAGAUUCAUGUGUACCGAGAGUCGGACAUACCAAAUCGCCACAGUCAUUGUAACUCAAAUCCUUACAUCCCCAACAGACUCCGCAAGGUUUUAAGCAUUCCUCUCAAUGAAAAGGAGGAGCAGCCUCGCACAAGUCUUCGCCACAAAUCUUUACGGAAGAAAACUUGAAACAAGAAGUCAACUAAACCAUAGAUUGGCCUAGAGCCAUCUUGCCGUAGCGGUGUGGGAAUGGAGGUUCCAGAUCGGACCCCCCAGCUCUUCUCUCCUCCCCCCCCCCCCCCCCACCUUGAUUUCCUCAUCAUUGUCAUCUGCGAUUAUUUGCAGCUCUCUGAUGCUGGCUGAUUUCUAUUGCAGAUAGACUUGAGAAUAUGCCACCUCAUAGAUAUCCCAUGUUGAAAAGAGGUGUAAACAUUAAGAAGGCAAGAUCCCAGGGAAAUAAAGAAGCUAAUUUGAGAAAAUCUCCUUGGCAAUUGUCAGAGGAAAUGCCUUUUCAAUCUAGCAUCUGUGUCCAACGAAUCACGCGAUUUUUUGCAUUUUUCCAAAAACCA